AUGAUGUCUUUUAGUAACAUGCUAUUCCAUGAGUACCCUGAGUACACAGUCGCAUGGAUAUGCGCGUUGCCGAUCGAACUGAAGGCUGCGGAGCUUCUCCUCGAUAACGUUCACAGCCGGCAGCCCCAACCAGACUCUGAUAACAAUAUCUACACCCUUGGGAGCAUGAGUGGACAUAAGGUAGUAAUCGCUUGUCUGCCAUCUGGUGUCUACGGAACAACUUCUGCCACGUCAUUGGUGGCUCAAAUGAGACAAACAUUUCCUUUCAUUAAAUUCGGGCUGAUGGUUGGAGUCGGAGGGGGGAUACCCAUCAACAGAGUCGAUAUUCGCCUUGGUGAUGUGGUUGUCAGUGAACCUACUGAAACGUUUUCCGGUGUGGUCCAAACCGAUUAUGGGAAGGUACUCCAGGGAAGCCCUUUCAAGCGCAUAGGUUCGCUCGAUAAGCCACCUACGCUGCUCUUGAAUGCUGUAUCCAAAAUGCGCUCCGAGUACAUAGUUAAGACAGGGAUCGGGCGGAAAGUACGCGAUAUCUUACAUCAACAUCAGGCAAUCGAAGCCUUUGCGCGCCCAGAUGAUGACUGGCUCUUCCGCUCGAUAUAUAAGCAUCCGAAAGACGAUACAGACUGCUCAACAUGUGAUAAAAGCCAACUAGUGCCGCGUGGUCCACGGGAGAGUAAUGAGCCGCAUAUUCAUUAUGGCGUGAUUGCGUCAGGCAAUCAAGUCAUAAAGGAUGCUCAGGUGCGAGACUCUGUUGCCAAACGUCUGCCUGUACUGUGUUUUGAGAUGGAAGCGGCAGGGAUCAUGGAUCAACUUCCGUGCCUGGUCAUACGGGGGAUCUCCGAUUACUGUGACUCCCAUAAGCAGAAAGACUGGCAGGGUUUUGCAUCUCUUGCCGCAGCUGCUUAUGCUAAGACACUGCUAUUAAUUGUCCCGCCGGCGGAGAGCAUUCUGACACGAAAACAAGUUUUCGAGCCUACUGAAAAGGAGAAGGCGUGUCUAGAACACCUGUUCAUUACCGAUCCUGUGGAGGAUAUGAACUCGUUAAAGCGGAGAAAAGGAAGCCGCACCCCUGGGACCUGUAGCUGGUUUUUAGAGUCAAACGAUUUCAAGUCUUGGCUUCAGCAGGAUAAAGGCAUUGGCUGCCUGAAAGACAGCCUUUUGUGGCUGUAUGGCAACCCUGGAAUCGGCAAGUCAACAAUGGCUAUAGCACUUGCCGAGGAACUGUCAGAUUGUUUUCCUGACGGAAAUCAUGUUCUAUCUUUCUUUUUUUGUGAAGCCAGCUCUGAACACCAGAGAGAGGCAACAUCCAUACUGAGGGGUCUCAUAUAUCAGAUCGUCAAACAAUAUCGGCCUUUCUUGAACAGGGUCAUGGCAAAAUAUGACAUUCGAAAAGAAGGCCUCUUUUCGUCGUUUGAUGCACUAUGGUCCAUUUUGAUGGACAUUGGAACGUCGACUGAUGGGCCUGACAUAUACUGCAUUAUCGAUGCUUUGGACGAAUGUGAAGCGGGGUCACAGAUAAUGUUGCUUGAUCAGAUAUACCAAUCUUUCUGCAGACAAGGCGCCAGAUCAGUCCGAUUCAAGUUGCAUAUUUUGAUCACCAGUCGCCCAUAUCCCGACAUUGAGGGCUAUCUAUCCACCUUCAGAUCUGUGAACCUAGGGGCAUGCGAGGAGAUCAAGGGCGAUCUGAAAUCUAUGAUCCAGGAUACAGUGAAGGAACUUGGAAAGAGAAACAAGUACACUGAGUCCGUUGCUCAGGAUGUAUCUCGCAUUCUCGAGGAGAAAGCUGACGGAACCUUCCUGUGGGUAGGGAUUGCCUGUAAUGAAUUAAAAUUGGUGCAGUCAAGGAAGGUUAUCGGUUUACUACAGGCUCUUCCACGAGGAUUACAUUCUCUAUAUCAAAGUCUGCUUGAUGCAACAGUUGCAUCCACGACAACCUACGAUCAAGAUGAUUAUCCACUGAUUAAGAAGGUUUUAGAGUUUGUUACAUUUGCAGUGCGACCAUUGACGCUAGUGGAAUUAGCUGAGGCAUGUCGACUAUAUCUUGACGAAGAUCUCAGUAAUCGCGCCCAGUUCACGAAAGAGAUUAUUGAUUUGUGCCAUUUGUUGAUUGUUGUCGACAAUGGCCAUGUGCGAACAUUACAUAGGUCGGUUCAAGAAUUUCUGUUAGCAGAGAUGAAAGAGAUUAGUCCUACCGGAUCGAAUUAUGCUCUUUCAUAUCGAUGCAUUGAGAUCAUCCUUCAAAAUUGUCGGCCAAACAUGGAUAGGUCAACACUGAAGCCUAAACACGGAUUCCUUGGUUAUUCAGUACUGCACUGGGCAGAGCACGCAAACUUAGCGCAAACAAAAUUUGUUGUUCCACCGGAGAACGAGCAAUUCUUUCAGAAUCGACUUGGGGCAUGGAAAUGGUGGCUAGAUAGUUACAACUACCUCAGGAAAGACUCCUGGGGCGAUUUGGGCACCGACAUCCCUGCCAUCCAUGUUGCAGCCCGUUGGGGGAUUAACCCAUUGAUCUCAUUCCUUCUUCAAGACGAACUGGAAGAUGAGGACACAUACGGACAUACCCCCCUGCUCAUUGCCGUACGAUAUUCUCAACUUGAAGCCAUGAAGCUGUUAGUUGAAUCCGGAGCGUGCAUGAAAGCAGUAAAUAACGAACACCAAAACGCCCUCCACAUUAUCUGCAAAAAAGGUAAUCACAACCAAGGUCACGACAAUACCUGCAGGAUAGCCGACUUCCUGCUUAAGAGUGGGGUUUGCCCAUAUGUGUAUGACAAAGAUAAUAUGACACCUUUCCUUUACGCAAUUGGGAACCGGGAUACUCGACUUGCACAAAUUUUCCUUCAGAAUGGUUUCGACAUGAAAACAAGGAUUCAAAGACAAUCGUGGCCUGGAAGAACAACAGUGAGCAUACUUCCAGCCUGGUCUGAGGAGAAGGGAGCCCAGGAAAAUUUAGAUACCAACCUUACAGCACUUCAUUUCUCUGCUCUGAAUGCGUGCACAAAAACGACUGCCUUCUUACUCCAACAUGGGGCUGAUCCAAAUGCCGUUUCUGGUACUGGCGAUACCGCACUACAUCUUGCGAUCAGGGGCCACCUCCUGGGUCGAAAAUGGGGUGAUGUAUGGGGGACUGGUGAUUACGCCAUCGAGUUUUUAAGAGACUUAAUCACGGACCAUGAGAGUGAAGAGGCUUCUGAUAUCUACCGUACCAUCGAUGAGGCUCGAAUACAAAUUGUUGACACGCUCCUCGAGAGCGAAAUUACCAAUGUUAACACUGUCAACACUUAUGGAGAUUACCCUCAACACGUGAUAAAUUUUUAUGAGGAUUAUGCAUGGUCUAUCUUAUGCAAACUUAUCGAAAAGGGAGCUGAUAGUUUACAAGUUAACGGAUCUCUUCAAACGUGUCUCCAUCUCGCCAGCAAAGCAGGGAACCUAGAGGUUGUCCGCAAACUUAUGGAUGAAGGUCAUGACUUGUUAUCGAGGGACAUCGACGGGUUAAGUUCGUUUCACUAUGCACUGGAUUGUGGUCGUCUAGGCGUCUUGCAGUUCAUGUCAGAGGCUCGCAAUAGAGAACUUUCGCGGGUCUGGAAUUCGCUAGAUGGCCACGGCAGGAGCCCGUUACACCAUGUUGUCUCGUCCGUUUUCUGCAGGAUUGACGUGGUUGAGUUUCUGAUCCAGCGUGGUUGCGAUACCGGUAAACCUGACUCAGAUGGAAGCUCCUCACUUUUUCUAUAUGUGAAUUCGUUUCACUUUCGUUUUGAUAAAGACAUAUUUUUUCUACUUGUUCAGAGGGGUGCUGAUACGCUAUGGGUCAAUAAACGUCGAGAAAAUUUGGCCCAUCUCCUCAUGCAACACAGGGGAGCAGACCAUGAAAUACUCAAAUUUCUGUUCGAAUGUGGCUUGGAUCCAACAGCGCAAGAUAUUGACGGGAGGACAUUUAUGCAUCAUGGGGCAAUUCAUGGUGCGUUCACUAAGGAUCUUGUAGAGUUCCUUAAAUCAAGACCUGUCUUGGACAUACAUACUAGAGACUCAUUUGGCAAAACCCCCCUCAACUACGCGGAAGAAAAGGCUCGUCUUGAAAUCCCAGAAAAUAGUUUCUGGUGUUUUAAUCAAAAGUGGGAAAAUUCUUUCAACAUUUUGAGCACAGUGGCUCACACGCUUGAAUGA